GUCAUCCGAGGGGGACGUCCCUGUAUCUCUCCCACGUGGAGGGAGGCAGAGCAGCAGUUUCCGGGGGAACCGGCGAGCGGGCUAUGGCGGCGCUUGUUUCUGAAGCGGAGCCGCUGAGUGAGCAGCCCCCUUCAGACACUGACCGAAGUGAGCAGGUCCGGCAGCCCGGGAACGGCGAAGAAACGGCCGCCGCGGUAGAAGCUGGACCAGGGAAACCGCCAGCAGCUUCCCCGGGCACGAAGCGGAAGGAGGCGCCCGCCAUCCCCAGAGGAAAGCCUAAAUCGGGGCGGGUAUGGAAAGACACCGGCAAGAAGCGGUUUUCUCACAUGACUCUGGAUAAGCCUUUGCGUACCUCCUGGGAACGCAAGAUGAAGGAACGUCAGGAAAAGAAACUAGUCAAAGAUUUUGCACGGCAGUUGGUGGAAGAAAAGCGAAAGGAGCGUGAGGAGAAAAAACUACGAAGGGAAGAAAAUUUAAGAAGAAGACUGGAGAAUGAGCGGAAAGCAGAGGUUGUGCAAGUGAUUCGGAAUCCAGCAAAACUGAAGCGUGCAAAGAAGAAGCAAUUGCGUCGCAUUGAGAAGCGGGACACACUGGCAUUGCUGCAGAAACGCCAAACGCAGCGCAAAGCAGCCAAGGAAUGAGGCCGAGGCGGGUCUCCCUCCCCACUCUCUGUGCAUUGAAAAUGACUUCUUGAGAUGCACUGGCCAGGUGCACUGCUGGUUUGCUCCCUGGCUUCUCUUGGCCCCGGAGAUCAGAUUCUUCCAGAGAAGGCUACAUUGCAUCCAGAUGCCCCUUAGCUGAAGCCUCCCAUUUGCUUUUCUGUGGAGAUGGCAAAGCAAAAUCCUCCAGAAUGAAGUGCUGAGACAUCUUUUUUGGGGCAAACUUCCAGACUGUAGGGUUAUAUAUGAAAGAUCAUAAAUAACCUGGUUGCUGUUGUAAAGGUAUUCUUCUGGGUUAGGGAUGGAAUGGGACAUUUGACUGGUUCUGCAUUUAUUAAAAUCAUUGCUUUCUGGA